ACCAUUGACGUCCACAAUUUAUUAUUAGUCAUCAUUAUUUGUGUUUUGGUUUGCUGCCCAUGUUUAUGAGUGGUAAACAUUAGUAAGCGAAAUUGAUAAAGACUGGUGGAAAACGGAUUACCACCUCACGUGCCUUCUUAAAAAGAUAAUGUUCGCAUCGUUUUGCUAUGGCGGAAAUAUCGCAAGAAGACGCAAACCUCUCCAGUUACUUGCAGAAACUGGAACUAGAUUGUAGUUCCAAAAAGAAACCCGUACCGGAGCCUCAUACUAACCCUUUCAUGAGGCGUCGAAGAUCAAAAUCCCUUUCUUCGAUUAAUUUUGGUUCCUCAUGUGACUGCAUAAAAAGGAACCAGAACAUUAGGCACACGACAUCAUUUAAACGACCUAACAAGAAAAUAUUACGUGAACCUGUACUAAAAUUCAUAAGAUGUAAACACAACAGCAGUGAGACUAAACCACACACAACAAAAACACAUAAGUCACAUAAAAAGAAAGAAAAACUGUUUGGACAAUGCUCCAGUCACAACGAUCAAGAUUUUAAGUCGAUAAUUGAUGCCUGUGAACAAUUAAGUUUAGAUAGUAGUGAUGUUAAUUUAAGUAAUUAUUCAGCACCCAGCUUUACGAGGGCCCGCUCACAAUAUAAUGUACAAAAAUCAGACAGUACAAAUUCAAACAUGGGUACUUGCUCCCACCAGGCUCGAAUGAAUGUAAAUCCUCCUUGUGACAUAACAAUUGACGAACUAGCUAGUUAUUUUGAAACCUUUGUGCAUAUACCGAAAAAGAUGAGUUCGAUGGCCGAGAUGAUGUAUAUCUGAUUAAUAUUGUGUGGUUUAAUUACUUAUACUGUCUUUUCUGCAUGAAAAUGUUAGUGUCUUAGUGUGUACUGUAUCUCCUUCAGUAAGUUUACAGGGUUACAAAAAUUAUAAAUUGAAACUGUUUUCGAAUUAUACAGUAAUGGGGAAAAGCCAAAUAAACGAUGUUUCAGUGAUCA